AUGAAGAAACUACAAUUAUUACUGAUACAUUUGUUAUCUUUCAUAUUCGUUGUAACUCUUUUACAAGAUGUAUACUUGAAUGCUCAAUCAGCAUCUGCUUUAUCAGUAUCAGAGUUAAAAUCAGCUAUAUUCCUAAUCAGACAAUACAAUAUUCAUCUAUCAGAAGAUCAAUCAUUAUGUAACAACGAUACUGUCCCAAGCUCAUUCUUUAACUGUCAAAUUGUUAAUGGAAUAUAUCAUGUGACAACCAUUAAAAUUUCAAUUGGUAAUAUACCAACUGGAUCUCCGGAUCCAUCACUUGCCUAUCUUGAUUUCCCUGAAUUAAUCAAUUUUGAAAUCAAUAAUCCUCCUCUGCCAAUUGCUCCUCCCAUCUCAAUGUUAAAUAUCCUAACACUGAUUAAAAAUAUGCCCAACCUAGCUGUAAUAACUAUUGCCUAUGAUACUACUGUUUCUUAUAUUCCAUUGGAUUUUGGAAUUACUCUUCCAAAGUGUCCACUUGACCAAGUAGCCAACUUUUUCAACAAUACUGCGAUUAGAAUUGUCCACAUAUCUGGAUAUUCAAUUGAAACCUUGGGUAUUGACAGCUCAUUGAAUCUACCAAUCAUUGAUAAUAUGGCACUUGAAAUCAGCCCAAAACAAAUACAAACGUGGACAUUUACAAAACAAUCAUUUCCUAAAUUACAAUCGAUAACUUUACAAUCAACCGGAACUGCAGUGUGCCAUGUGGUUAUAAACUCUCAAGAUAUCAAAGAGGUUAUCUUGAGAACUAGUGAUGCUGGGUACAAUUUAAAGUUUGAGAACCCAAACUAUGUAACACAAUUUCAAUUACAUGGUAAAGAUUCUACCAUUAAUCCAAUCAACCUUGCUCUAUAUACCAGUUUACAAGAUGUCAUAUUUUUUAACACAAGUCUUUCUCAAUUUCCAUUCAGCUCGUUCCCGACCAACUUGGAGCAUUUGGCAAUUAAAAAUUCUUUACUAACUCAAAUUCCAACUACGCUUGCUAUUCCAAAAGAUUUCUUUAUGUUGGAUCUAACAGGAAAUCUUCUCGGUGGAACCAUUCCUUUGUCUCUGUGGAAUAAUGUAGUUGGAGGAAAUGUAAAUUUUGAGGAUAAUCCAUCCCUCCAAGGAUCCAUUCCAGACUCUUGGUGUGACAAACAAUUAUAUCUAAAGAAUACAGCAAUCAGUCAUAUGCCAGAUUGCUUUUGGUGCUUUGUUGGACAAGAAGGUUUCUUUUCAAUUCCACAGUCGUUAUCUAAACCAACAAAUCUAGAUUGCUCUGUAAAAUUUGAUAGAGACAUUAAUCCAUCGAUCAAUGGAAUGGCUACAAUAACAGGAAAAGGGUUUGGAUUCAUGGGUCGGGCAUCAAAUUUUUCCAUCGUUGUUCCCAAUUCAAAAAUAGCUGUUGCAUAUCCAACGAUUGGUCCACCAGAAGUGGUAACAUUGAUUUUUUUCAAUUACACAGGACAAACUAAAAUUGUAGAUGCAACCAUCUCUUUUAAUGAAUAUGCAAUGACAUCUCCAACCAAAUUUAGUAUCACUUUGGUCUAUAAUCCAUUUAUUCAACAUCGAGUUAUUAUAGGUAGUGGAUUGAAUAAUAUCACUUGUGCCAUUUCGUUACCACAAACUUCUGGAAGAAUCAAUUGUACAACACUAAAAAAUAUUCUCAAUGGUGCCUAUGAUAUUACAGUUGAAAAUGAUUUUACUUCAUUUAAACUAUCUAGUAUCCUGAUAAAACAUGAUUAUCCAUUGGUAAAUUCUGUUCAAAUAACUUCAACUCCACAAUUAUUAACAUUGUAUGGUAACUUUGGUCCGACAACAAACACAUUAUCGGUCACCUUGAAUAAUACUUUGGGAUGCACAAUUCUAUCUAGAUCUACAAAUAUUAUUGAAUGUUCAUUUGCAUCAACUCUACUACCAGGACCUGCCUCUUUACAAGUUACGGUUCAAGGAUACACAGUCUCAUGGAAUGAUUUGGUUAACAUCCCAUUCCCAUCGACCAUUAAUUUAAAACAAAAGUGUAUUGAUGAUACCUCUAAUUGUUACGGUCAUGGUCAAUGUAAUGAUUUGGGUGUUUGUGUUUGUGAAACAAAUUAUGUUGAUAAUUGUAGAUAUAAUAAUAAUCCAAAUGUAACUUUUAUACAAAAUAAUACAAGACCAGUGGCAACAUUUGAAUUGGAUGGAUAUCAAUUCUUUUUCGAUAUGGUUUCAAUUCAAGAACUUGGUAUUGAUGGUGAGAUUGUUAAAGAAUUGGUGGUUGACCAAUGGAAUGUGACAGAUAAUAGUAGUGGAGGUCUUACAUCACUCGAUUACCAACUUGUAAUCAAUACAACCACACAUCCAAAUUUACAGCUGACAAACGUUUCUACUUUGAUUGAAUACUCUAAUCAAGAUAGACAAGUUGCAUUUGGUGACUCUAUGUUGACAGUAGGUGCCAAUAGUAUAAAGGUUGGAGUGAAUAUAACUGGAUGGAAAUAUGAAUCGAUUUUAUCACAUCUAAGAAUCGUAUUCUCGACAGUUGUAAACAAUGAGCAAUCCAUUCUCUCUUGUGAUGAUGGAUCAGUUCCAACAUUUGAAGAGAUGUUUGGUGGUGGAGAUAGUUAUCUACGAGUCAUCAAAAACAACACACAAUUCUAUGGUAGAUUCCUUUCAUACUCUUACUCUGACGGUCGAAAGUCAUACUCCAAGAAUGAAUUAAUUAGCACUACACCCAUUCCAACAUUACCACAUUCAUCAUUGGCAUUGAUUGGUGUUCACGUUGGUGGACAAUGCUCAUCUUGUUUACUCGAUCCUGAUUUCAGUGCAUUGGUAGUAAACAAUGAACAACCUGAUUGUUCAACGUCAUCAUCAUCCAACACUUGGAAGAUUAUUGUUGGAGUUGUAGUUGGUGGAGCUGUAUUGAUUGCAUUCUCAAUAGCUGCCAUUGUCUAUGUUAGAGAUAACAAUCGUCUGCGACUUCGAUUCAAAGGAGCAAAGAGUAUUAUCAUGAAAAAGUUGGGAGGUAAUAACAAAAAUACAUCACAACAAUUUACAAUUGAAAUUUGGUUUGAUGAUGAUGACGAUUCAUCAUUAUCAUAG